AUGCGGGGUUGGACUCAGCGCCAGAGAAAAGCGUUACUACUCUGCCUCUGCGCACUUGGUCUGCUCUUGGUACUAGUAAUUCGAUCAAGGCGGUCCUCCGACGACUUCCGUGUCGAAGAGAUCUUCAUCGGAGGCCAGACACGUCGCCCCCUGUACUUCUUCAUUGCUGGCAUCGAGGGCGCCGGGCACGGCACUCUCCGCGAAGUCUUGAAACCCUGCGCAACAACCGAGGUACUGGAUCCGAAUUUGCACCUGGAUGGCGGCGACGACCCGAAGCACCGAUAUGCCAAGUUCUUCUCCGAGUCGCUGGAGCUGGCCCUGCAAGACCAGCACUUGGUGUCUGCCAGCCGACGCACCCCGUGCAUCCUUGAUGCAGUGAGUACGUUUCCCAUUGGGCCGGAGCGGGAGCCAGCUAGGCGCCCGGAUCUCGAGGUCUUGCUCGACUUGCACCAACGAGGUGUGCUUGACCUGCGAAUCCUGGUUCUAUGGCGCGAUCCACUGCGCUGUAUUCAAUACACAUCCUCUCGAAGCAAGUCACUGGAUCCGCUCUAUCUGGCGCGAGUUGCGGAAGAGAGUCUGCUGUAUCUCAGCAAGCAGUUGGAACAAAUGCCAAGCGAUAUAUGGGAUAUUAUCAACUACGAUGAGUUCGUUCAGAAUCCAUCUCGGUUUGAGAGUACGAUCGCAGCACUCCUGCCGAGAGAUCUGUACCGCCGCACAUCGAUCAUGAAUGAAGACCAGAUCAAGAGGCUUCAUGCGAACUAUGAGCGCGAGACGCUGUCGUUCUCUGAGAUUGGCGACCGUCGGUGUUGUUUACCUGAAGAAAUCUGCCAGGAUCUCGACCGGUUGCUGUCUGAGUUCUUGGAAAAGCGGGAAUUUCUAUGGGCACCCAUGGUUGAGUUUCUGUCGCAUGAAUCGAGGUCGUUUCGUUAG